UUAAAUAAUUUAACUGCCAGGAGGAUUCAAUUUAAAUAUUUUACCAAUUCGAAACAAAGUUAAAAGAGGAUUAUUUACAGUGUCAGCGAUGAUGUCAUCAAUGGGCGACGCAACCACUGAGUUCUGCUAAUGGAGGCGCGAGUAACAACACUAACUUUAAAACAAGCUUUAAAUACCCAUUUUGGGUUCGAGGACUUUAGAUCUAAAGUGCAGGAAAAUAUCGUCAAAGCAGUUAUCCAAGGUGGCAGGGAUGUGUUUGUGUGCAUGCCCACUGGGGCAGGAAAGUCCCUGUGCUAUCAACUGCCUGCUGUCCUGGCUGCAGGAAUCACUCUGGUUAUUUCCCCGCUAAUUGCUCUUAUUCAGGACCAAGUGGACCACUUGAGAUCCCUGAACAUCCCUGCUUGCUCCAUCAACUCCAAGCUCGCAGUAGGCGAGCGCCGUGUGAUUCUUACAGAUUUGCAAAGUGCGAGCCCAAAGCUCAAGCUACUCUACAUCACACCAGAGAUGGUAGCUUCGCCAUCAUUCCAGCCUUACUUGACUGACUUGUGCUCCCGGGGCCUGCUGUCCUAUCUGGCAGUGGAUGAGGCUCACUGUGUCUCCCAGUGGGGUCAUGAUUUCAGACCAGACUACCUCAAACUGGGUGAAUUGCGUGCUCGCUUGCCUGGGGUUCCCUGUGUAGCACUCACAGCAACAGCGCCUAAAAAGGUCCAAGAGGACAUUGCUCAGUCCCUGAAGCUGCGUCUGCCGCUGUCUUUCAGUACGCCGGUUUUUCGAAGUAAUUUGCAUUAUGACGUCAUCUUCAGCGAGCUUCUUCCAAACCCCUUUGUUCACCUCCAUGCUUUCAUUCGGAAGGCACUUGCUCGCGGUGGUGGCUCUAAUGGACAGGGUUGUGGGAUUGUAUACUGUCGGACCAGAGAAGGUUGUGAAACCGUAGCCCAUCAUCUUACUAAACUCGGUGUCCUGGCAAAGCCUUAUCAUGCUGGUCUGAAGACAGGAGAUCGCACAGAGGCACAGAGUGACUGGAUGCAGGGAAAAGUGACUGUUAUUGCAGCCACCAUCAGUUUUGGUAUGGGUGUAGACAAGGCUAAUGUAAGGUUUGUUGCCCAUUGGAACCUUGCAAAAUCCAUAGCCAGCUACUACCAAGAAUCCGGGCGAGCGGGAAGAGAUGGACUGCCGUCCCUAUGUCGCAUUUAUUACUCCCGGAAAGACAAAGAGCAAAUUAUGUUCCUCAUCAAUCAGGAGGUUGCACGAAAAAGGGAAAAACGAAAUUCUGCAAAGGAAUCGGACAAAACAGCCAUUACAGACUUUGAAGCCAUGGUGCGUUUUUGUGAGCAGGAAAGUUGCCGCCACGCCACCAUUUCCAAGUUUUUCGGGGACCAGCCGCCGAACUGCUCAGGUGCUUGCGACUAUUGUUCCAACCCGAAAGGCGUGCGAGCCCAACUGGAGGCCGUUUGCAACACCAGCAUCGCCGCUCAGAGCAAAGAGCCCAGGAAGGCGUUUGGUUUUGAUCCGGAGCUUUACGGAGGGGGAAAGAAGGGCUACGGCUUUGAGAGGUUUGAGGAAAUAGGGGAAAGCAUUAGUGACGACGAAGCCAAGAGGAAAAAGGAAUUCUCGGAUCUCUUCAAGAAGCAGAUGAGCUUAAGGAAGGGACUUGACAGUGAGAGAGAUGACUUUAUUCCUCCAGAUGCUGACUGCCCACUGAAAGAAGCGAGCAGUCAGCGGAUCCCCAAGCUCCCAGUGAAGUCCAGAGAGCACUGCCUGACACUCUUGCAAGAGGCAUUGUAUGGCCACCAGGGGGCAGACGAGUCAUUCCGUGAUCCACUAUCCUUAGCCGUGGAUAUUGAACUUGAGGUGUUCAAAAGAAGCAAGUCUUCCAACUUGUACAAAGCGGCAAUACUCAAGAAGGUGUCCGAGUUGAAGAAAGGGUCCGCUGUCAGAGAGGAGGAGAAGAGCCUCGGUGGUUGCGCCACCGAGCUAAAAGAGGAAGACAAAGCUUCCCCCUCUACUUCCGUUUCUGAGGAUCUGCAUGGGUUCAAAUCUGCUUCUGAGGUCUACUCGAUGAAGCGGAAGAGAGUUGGAGCAGGCCAGAGGGGCUCGUCCAACCCCCUUCUGGUUGCAAAAGAUCUGCUGAGCGGCUCGAUGGUGGAUAGCCCGUCUGUUCGAGAAAAACAAAUUCGAUGGGCUCCACAAAGAAAUUGGUCAGAUGAGCCUUUGGCUGUGACAUCAUCCAUCCGGGUGAGAGCGAACGCCACGGCCUCCUCCGCUGCCUCUUCCGCUCCCUCAAGCAGCCCGACAAAGCCAGGCAGACCCUGGAGCAAGAAGCGGCAGAAGCUGGAGGAAGCUUCCAAAAGUUCCCACUGCAUUUCUCACUAUUUUGUCAAGUCACAAACAAUGAAAGAAAGCCAAGCGCCGGAGAGCAGCAUCGUGAUUUCAGAUGACGACGCGGACCUGGAGCAGCAGCACUCUCCUGUCGCUUUGGAGGGCGAAAGUGGUGCUAUGGAGCCAGUUCUUCAGGAUGCGAUGCCAGCACAGGACAGACUGGGUGUAACGGUGAUUGAUGAUGAUGAUGAUGAUGUGAUGGUUCAGCAAACAUCGGAACUGAAUCCACAGUCUGCCACAGAACACAACACAACAGAAGACCACAAUCCAGCUGUGACACAAUCGGCGUGCGCUCAGGAAGCCGUACGAGAGGAGCCUCCUCCGGCAAAUCGAGGACGCCUGGCGGGCAAGAGCGACAGCAAAGUCGCUUUCGACCCCGCCGUACGUCCGAGUGUCGCACAAACGAGGAAGGAGUCAACGACAGCUGUGACACUGAAAGAGGCGGCUAACGUGGUGGUGCGCUACCUGGACCCUUUUUACACUCGGGGGAAGUUUGCCAGCAAGGACCUGUUCAAGUCCUUCGCUCGCUAUUUGUCCCACCUUAUCGCGGAGGAGGGGACUGUUCGAAAGGGUCAAGUGAAAGCGGAAGCCAAGGCGCUCAUCAGGCAGUUCUUCUGCGAGGUCAAACGCUGCGAGAGUGAAGCGGACUGGAAAGACUUUAAAAGACGGGACUAUUGUAAAAGCGCACCCGAUCAGCAACUGCCAUGAAGAAAUGAAUCAUUUGGGGGAUUUUUCUGUUAGUGCCUUCUUUUGGUCACAUUAGCUCAGGCUUCUGUGCAUGCACACUCACUGACGAGGUUCAACUUCAAAUGUUUGGGUAUUAGAACUUUUGAUGCUCUGCUCUUGAAUCUGGAACGGACGAAUGGAUGAAAGAUAUGAAUAACACACGAUGUUAUCGCUUUGGUUCAAAGUGUUAGACUGUUGAAGAUCAUUUAAAUUAUUUUGUUACGUUAACAGUUUACGCGAAGAAAGAAAUGUUCUGUCCUUUUAAUGCUCAUGUUUAAUUUUGUUUUUUUUUUAAAUAUUUUACAAAUGAACCAUAAGAGGGCUGUGGAAGAUAAGCCAAAGAGGAUCCCCACCGCAGAGAUCCUUGGUGUUUACUUUUUCAAUACACAAUGACAACGGCAUUCCCAGUGGUUUUCAUAUGCACAGCUGGGACCCCUGUGCAAUUCCGAUUUUGCCGUCCACAUGGAUGCCAACAUAAAGUUGGCUACACGUACAGAUGUGAAUAAUCGGUGCAGGAGAUGAGUGGGGUCUUGGAUGAAGGAGGCAACCCCCUUGUGGGUUCUGUGGUUAGGAUGCUAAGAGAUGUUAAUGCAGGUCACAUGAUCUGUAAUGAUUAAUAAAGCCGAACGUCUUCACCUGGGCCGUA